AUGUUAAAAGAACUUCAAAAAGAAUUAGAUUAGUUGAAGAAAAAAUAAUAAAAAAGCCAAUCUUGUAUAAAUGACUUAUUUUUUUCAGUUGAAGAUAUUCAUUUAAGAUAAUAUAGGAUUCAUCAUCCAAUAAUACCAAAUCAAAAUUUAAUAAUUAAAGUAAGGCCAGAGAUAAUUAAUUUAAUAUUUGCUUUUUUGGAUUACUCUUCUUUCUUGUAAUUUAGAUUAGUUAGCUAGAAUACUAAUAAUUAAAUAUUAUAUCUACUAUCUUUGAAAUUAAAUAAAAAAUUGCAAUAAUAAUAAAUCAAAAAACUUGAAUUAAAUGAAUUAACAGAAGUAAUAUAGAAUCAACCCGAAUUAGUAGAAUUCCAAGAUUCUUUAUUAAUUCAAUAUCAAAAAUCUUUAGAUGAUUUAAAGUAAAUCAAGAGGCAAGAUGUUUGUGAAGUUGCCAGCUAUUGUAAUCCUCCCUAUUAAGUAGAAAGAGUUUUAAACUUAUUAACAAGGUUAUUAACUUAGAAUUAUGUUGAAUAAUAAAAUAGAUGGAAUUAAAGCUUAAGACUUGUGACUAAUUGUCAAUUUUUUCAUUAACUAUUAAAUUUUGAUAUUCUAUCAAUUACUGAUGAUAAAUUAAAACUUGUUGAAGAAAUUACUGCUAUGGAAGAAAAACGUGUUCACUAAUCUUCAUUAUUUGCAUACUAUAUAUUUAAAUAUAUUAAAGCAGUUGUGCUAUUGAGACAGUAACCAUAGUACAAAACUCUUUUCUAACUUGGGUAAAUGAGAUAAGAGAUAGAUAAAUUAUCAAGAUCUAUUGAUAAACUAUAAAAAAUUGUUGGUUGA